CAAGAAUAUAUAUAUACAAGAAUAUCUAUAUAGACAAGAAUGAUACGAAUAGAAGAACCUGAAUUAUAUUCCACUGAAUCCUCUCCACAAGCUUUCGAUUCAGUGGAGUCUUCUAAAAGACACUCAGUACUUCUAAAAAAUGGUCUACAUACCAGAGGAAAUCCUUUGAACGGGCAUCCUUCCACUGGUAUACGGUCUCCAGGGUUCCCGGCUCCACCUCUCAACUCCUGUUCUCCUUCAAGAGGUUCACCAUCAACCCAGUCUUCUCCUGGUCCUACUCCUAUAUCCUUCAGGAGUUCAGAUUUGUCUAGUUCCAAGAGAUCAAGUAGCUCCGCUAGUUCCACUAACUCCAGGAGCUCUUCUCCUUCCAGUGAAGCUGUAUUGAACAGUUCAACCAGUAUUCCGUCAGCUCAGGAACUCAUCAAUGCAAUCCGUCUACUUAAUAACAACAGAAAACAAGGGAACAGUGAUGGAAAGGGUAUUGCGGAAACUAUGUUCAACCUCUACAGGAAUCCGGAGACUAAUACAGUUAACCUUGGUCAACUCUUCACGGUGAUUGAGAGAACUGGAAUACGUAGAACUGAUCCCAGGCUCUCAGAGUUUCUAACUCGAGUUAUCAAACACCAUGAAGUACACGGAGAGGAGCAUACAACUAUUAAUAAUCUUAAUGUUGAUGAAUCCACUUUCUGCAGCCUGACCGAGAAUAACCUGGUUCUGUUAAGCCAGAUAAUCAGGAAUGAUGUUAUUAUACCGGACUGGGAAGCAUUUACUCAGGAACUCAGAACUAUAUUCAUGGCAUGCAAGGAUAAUAGGGAGGGAAAAGUAGCAGCUUAUAUUCCGCAGUUAGCUCGUUACCAUCCUGAUCUAUGGGGUAUAUCUGUGUGUACUAUAGACGGUCAGAGAUUUUCUUUGGGUGAUGUGAAUGAACCGUUUACAAUGCAGUCCUGCAGUAAACCAUUUACCUAUGCAGUUUGCCUCAGUGAACUUGGAAACGAGGUUGUGAACAAGUAUAUAGGACAGGAACCAUCAGGAAGAAACUUCAACGAUCUGGUUCUAGAUCCAAUCAAUAGACCGCAUAACCCUAUGUUGAAUGCUGGAGCUAUAAUGUCCUGUGCUCUUAUCCUUGAGAAAAUUAAUCCGCAACAAGGGUUGGCUGAGAAGUAUGAUUACCUCUUGAACUAUAUGAAACAGCUGGCUGGUGGAGAAGGAAUAGGAUUCAAUAACUCUGUAUUCCUAUCAGGUCCGGACAACCCUGUCCUAGAACGUGAGAGCGCUGACCGUAACUUUGCCAUGGCCUACUACAUGCGGGAAAAUAAAAGUUUCCCUGAAGAUGUGGAUAUUCAGGAGUGCUUAGAUCUAUACUUCCAGUCCUGCAGUCUAGAGGUAACUGCUGAGUCUCUGGCUGUUAUGGGAUCUACAUUCGCUAACGGAGGAAUCUGUCCAAUAACUGGAGAUAAGGUUCUGAAGCCCUGUGCAGUACGUGAUGUGCUGAGCCUGAUGUACAGCUGCGGAAUGUACAACUACAGCGGACAAUUUGCUUUCAAAGUUGGAUUACCAGCUAAGUCUGGUGUAUCUGGUUGUGUACUGCUUGUGAUCCCGAACAUGAUGUCUAUUGCUCUGUGGUCUCCUCCUCUUGAUCAGAUUGGGAAUUCAGUUCGGAGUCUUCAGUUCUGUGACGAGCUGGUUAAAAUCUUCAACUUCCAUAGGUUUGAUAAUCUACGUAACCUCGCUACUCAGAAGAUAGAUCCUAGAAGAGAACCUCAUGAGUUGAGAAGUUUAACUACGCUGACCCUUCUAUUCUCAGCUGUGGCUGGAGACGUAUCUUCUCUUCACAGGCACUAUCUGCAAGGAGUGGAUAUGACUAUCUGUGACUAUGAUGGAAGGACUGCUCUGCAUCUAGCUGCAGCUGAAGGACAAGAGCAAGCAGUAAAGUUUUUGCUUGAAACCUGUGGAGUUCCACCCAAUCCUAAAGAUAGAUGGGGACAUACCCCGCAGGAGGAAGCCAACCGGUUUGGUCAUGAGGGGGUCAUUCAUUUCUUCAAGAAGUACGUCAAGAACUAAUUCAUGGAGCUCAACAACAGCCUCCUGAUCAACAGCCUGGCGAGCAUAUUCAAAGAGUUCUAAAACCUCUAGAUCGUAUUGAAUCCUAAACUAUCUGAUUAUAUAUCCGACAGAGUAAACAGAUAAACAAAAUAUGUCGGAAUUAAAUGUGCACAAAGUAACCUUAAAGUUUUAAUGCACAAUAUAAUUUGGUCUUAUUCA